AUGCGCAAUCACCUCCGCAAGCAUCCGACGGAAUUUCUUGCACUUUCAUCAGAUAAAAAGGAAAAGAAUAUUGCCAAAGGUAAAAGAACACUACAAGACACAAACUCAAGCACAGUGACAAUGAGAAAGAAACUAAAAACGCAGAUGUCAUUUGAAAAAAGUGUUGAAGCCGGUCGAACUUGGGAUAUGAACAGUCGUCAAGCCCAGCAUAUUACCAAACUAAUCGGUGAAAUGAUAGUUCUCAACAACCAACAACUAUUCCUAAUUGCCGAAGAUCUGGGUUUUAUGCAUCUGAUGAAACAUGUAGCCCCACGUUAUCAUUUAGCGAGUCAACACCACUUUAGUGAUGCUGUAAUUCCCAAUUUAGUGAAACGAGCCGAAGCAGCUGUUGCCAAAAUGUUGGAAAAGGCAAAACAUUUCUCCUUUACUUCAGACAUUUGGACAUGUUCCCACAACAACGAUGCGUUCAUUAGCCUGACAGCCCACUGGAUUGAUGAAAAUGAAACAAAGUUCCCGCGGCAGUCAAUCGUACUACAAUCAAGUUUCUUCCCCGGAAGCCACACUGGGCCGCGAAUCACUGAAAAGUUUACAAGCAUGUUGUCAAAGUGGACUAUCGACAGUUCAAGAUGUUACAUCGUUGUUACUGACAAUGCGAGCAACAUGACAAAUGCCGUACAGUUGGCCGGUUUGACGGGCAGCCCAUGCUUCAUUCACACACUGCAGUUAGCGAUCAGCGAUGCUAUCUUUUCCCAAAGAAGUGUCAGCAACAUGAUUGCCAAGGCGAAACGAAUGGUCACACACUUUCGUCACUCGACGCUUGGAAGUAGCAGGCUAGCAGAACUCCAAAGUGAUCGGGGUCAUCCAAAGAAAAAGUUGAUUCAGGAUGUGGCGACAAGGAGAGUUAAAUUAUAA